AUGAGAAUAAAAAUAUUCUUCUUAAUACAGAUAUUGGUAUUAAUUGCGUGUGUGAAAGGAGAAUUAAGAAGAAAUGAAUUGAAUCAAAAAAAUGAGUAUAUAUUGGUUAAUAGUGAUGGCCCUCAAGUUCCAGUUGUAACAGAAACAAAGAUUCCAAUAAGAUAUCCAAGAUUUCCAGCUCAAAAAAUGAGAACGAGCCAUUCGAAAUUAGAAGAAUUAUCCCAAAAAUAUCUAAAUCCAAUGAUGAAAAUCCCGGAAUUAAAUUAUCAAUAUUUAUCAUCAACAAUGAGUAGAUUUAUGACUAUCAUUCUUUCAUUAUUAGUUAUACCAUUUUCACUGCUAUCAUUAUUCGGAGAUACUGGAGAUUUAAUUUUUGCACAAUUUGGAUGUAUUAGUGGUAUAUUUGGCUUUACUAUGGGAAUGAUGGUUUUCGGAGGAUUUGCUUCAGAUAUAAUAGCAAUCAUAUUUUCAAUUAUUAUUGGUUUUGCAAAUAUUUAUAGCACUUUAAAACUAACGAAAGUUAGAGAAAUGCCAUUUGUAUCGAUUUUGUUCUUUUGUUUCCUGCUUUCAAAUUUAAUCUAUCAAUUAUUAGCAGGAAUUCCAAACUAUUCUAUAAAUCCAUUAUAUACAGGGCUAAGCGGUGCAUUAUUAAUGAGAAUAUCCAUUAUGUUUGGUUACAAAUUCCAAAAUCUCACAUUAUUUAUUAUGGCACUCAAAUUCUUUUACAUUACUAUUGUUCUUUGCAUGGCCUCUUUGAUCUAUUUUAUUUUACCAUCAAGUCUAAAAAAAGUAACAGGUAAUGAAAAACAAACUGAUGAAGAAAUUUCAAGUCUACAAAAAUAUACACAAAGUAUAUCUUCAUUUAUAUUAACAUUUCCAAUUGUAUCAUUUAUCAGCCAAAUCUUAUAUGUAUUUGGAAUAUUCUCCACAUCUCCAUUUGAUAUGCUCAGUUUCUUUUACAUUCCUUCUCAGCUUCAUUUUAAUUAUUAUUCAACUUCAGUUCUUCUUGCAGUAUGGAUAUCUUUGACUGUAUCUGUAUUCCUAUUUAGAACCAAAAUUUCAAACAGAGAUUCUUAUCAGCCCAAAUUUGUUAAAUCACUUAUUUCUGAUCACUGGAAAGUACAAGAAUUGUAA